GCUCGUCUGAUACUCAGAGCCAAGAGGUUGCUAUUCCACUGAGCUCUCGAUAUGAUUGCUAAAGCAGCAAGCAAGCUCGGUCAGGUCCUUGUAUGUGGCGAUAUCAAAUUUGCUAGCAAGCAGCUCAAAGACUUACAGACGAAAGCCUCCGUCACGCUUCAUCCUAUGACCACGCGUGCAGCAUUCUUGGAAGCUUGCCAUCAGCUGAAACCCGCUGCAAUCUACCGUCCACUUGAUACAACUGCAACGAUUGGCAAGUUUGAUUCUGACUUGCUCAAAGCUCUACCGCAAAGUGUCAAAUUUGUUGCUCACAAUGGUGCUGGCUAUGACCAGAUUGAUGUUUAUGCUGCAGGAGAACGCGGCAUCAAGGUGAGCAAUACACCCGAGGUAGUCAGUCGUGCUACUGCAGAUACUGCCAUGUUCCUCAUGCUCGGUGCGGUGCGGCAAUUUGCUGCCCCCUUGAGAUCUUGCCAUGAAGGCAACUGGCGCGCUGGUCUAGCGACUGGUCGACAGAUGGGUCGUGAUCCACAUGGCCAAAUUGUUGGUAUCAUUGGUAUGGGUGGUAUCGGACGUCAGCUGGCACACCGAUGUCGUGCCUUUGGAAUGCAGGUCCAGUACCACAACCGCACGCAGCUGUCGGCAGAGAAGGAAGAUGGUGCACGCUACGUUUCGAGUCUUUCAGAGCUUCUUGCUUCAUCGGAUGUCGUUAGUCUCAAUCUACCACUCAAUGCCAAGACACGGCAUUUCAUCUCUCACAAGGAGAUUGCGCAAAUGAAGACGGGUGCAGUCCUCGUCAAUACCGCCAGAGGCCCUGUCCUAGAUGAAGCUGCACUGGUGGAGGCACUCGAAUCUGGCAAGUUGGCUGGAGCGGGUCUUGAUGUAUAUGAAGAGGAGCCCAAGAUUCACCUGGAACUCCUCAAGUCCUCUCGAGUGUGCCUGCUGCCACAUAUCGGUACAGUCUCUCAGGAAACACAAGAAGCGCUUGAAGUGCUGGUAUUGGCUAAUAUAGAGUCGGCCCUCGAGUCUGGCAAAUUGCUGACGCCUGUGCCUGAGCACGCCUAGUCUGUCUGCAUAUGCACUUCAACGCUUUCUCCAACAUCCACCUCCUCUUCCUCAACAAGAUCCUGCCAAUCUGUCGGCUGUCCUCCUUCUGUGUUGACUUCUUCAUCUGCGAGUUCCUCCUCCACUAUUUGCGUGUAUUCCACUGCUCCGCCUUGCUGAAUCGCUUCGAUGAAUUCCAAGCUUGCUGCAAGGCAUGUAUGUGGUAGUUCCCAUCCGAUAGAACUUCCACCACUCACAGUCAUGCACCCAAAGCGCCGAUCUUCGACAAUUGUCUUGAGUGGCUUGUCUGAUGCUGCAAAAUUGAUGCAAUUGGCAGAGAGAAAAUCGAGGAAGUCUGGUAGUGUGAAUUCAUUGACUGAGUGAUUUGUGCAAAAGCAUGCAAUAGCAGUGAGUCUGUCCCUCCAAGUUGGCCAACAUGCAUGGAUAUAGUGAAUGGCU